AUGUUAAUUGGCCUCACAAUGACAAGCCCAUUACGAAAAGGUCAACUAAAUCAGAAGGAGACUUCUGGAGGUGACGAAAGAAAUGUGGAAAACAAUGGGAGGAGGAAGUUCAGUCGAGGAACUUCUGAGUACUUAACAAAUCAGACUUUCGUCGAGAAAGUAUCUGUUGAUGAUGAUUCGUCGAAAGAGGAUAUUGAUCCUGAUGUCAUUAUUGUUGAGGAGGAGGAAGACAGUGAUCUUGAUGUUGUUAUCGCUGCGGAGGAAGAGGAGGUGGAGACUGAACCUGAUGUUGUUAACGUUGCGGAGGAGGAAAAGUUGGAGGAGGAUAAAGAAGACGAGGAAAAUGAGAGUGAUCCUGAUGUUGUUAUUGUUGAGGAGGAGGAGAGUGAUCCUGAUGUUGUUAUUAUUACGGAAAAGGAGGAUGAGCAGUUGGAGAGUGAUCCUAAUGUUGUUAACGUUACAGAGGAGGAGGUGGAGACUAAACUUGAUGUUGUUAACGUUGUGGAAGAGGAAGAUGAGGAGAAGGAGAGUGAUCAUGAUGUUGUUAUGGUUACGGAGGAUGAUGAGGUGGUGGUGGAGAGUGAUCCUGAUGUUGUUAACGUUACGGAGGAGUAG